AUGCUAACCCGCUCACUAUAUCUUGCCAAGUCCGGUGGAGGCGUGAACCAACGCUCUCAUUUCGCCCUCUUCAUUCCGAACGCAGAAUAUGAUCGAGAUACUAUCAGUGAAGACUUCCGGUCUCUCAAGGCUAUUGGAAUAAGGAUACAUGUUGUGGGAGAACCUCUCAUGUCUGGUUUCGCAUUCGAGGUUCAUCGGAACUACAAUACUCAAGCCUACCCGGACCUGAAGCGGUUGGUCUUUCUUGGGAAGAUUGACAAUUCAAUACUUUACAACUACCCAGAAACCGAAAUAGAGAUCAGAGAGAAUACACCGAGAAGUCUUAUCGAACGACUUGCAGAAUCUGUACCUCCGCCUCCUAAAGGACAAAACAUACGUGCGCCAAUCAAUGGAGUGAAUACAAAAAGAUGUCAGGAAUGGACAAUGGAGGUACUGGAUCUUCUAGCCGAGAAAGAAUUGAUUUUUUCAGAAGCUGUGAACAUUGCACAGAGAGAAAGAGAUCCACCAAAUAAGGGUAUCUUCGGCUAUAAGAAUUAA